AUGCCCAUUCAUCCAGCGGAGGACCCGCCCCUCGAGUCGUUUGGGCCGAUUGUGCCGCUCUCUUCGCUGCCGGCAGAGCCGCUGCAUGAAGGGCCGGCUCCCUGGCCCCGACCUUCCAAGCCAUUGCAUGAUAUGCGAACGCAGUCGUCGCCUCUGUGGUUCGGUGGCGGUGUAUUUGGGCAGGGUAUGUACAACGCCGACAGCGUCCUCCAUAGCGAUGCAGCUGUGCGGGCCCUGCGUUUGGCUUUCGACUAUGGCAUCAAUGCUCUCGAUUCGUCGCCGUACUAUUUUCCCUCCGAAUUUGUCUUGGGUCGAGCGCUGCGCAUCUUGGCACCGUCGUACCCACGCGAUUCGUACUUCCUCAUGACCAAGUGCGGUAGGUACGGCCCGACACGGGCUCACUUUGACUACACGCCGGAGCGGAUUACUACGUCGAUUCGUCAGAGCCUCCACCGUUUGGGCACGACGUACCUCGACGUGGCGUUGCUUCACGAUGUGGAGUUUGUAAGCGCCCAACCAGACGCGGCGCUCACAGACGAUGGAUGGCUCGCGGCAGCCGCGGUGGGCCGACAUCCCACGAUCCCGCAGGAUGAUGCACGACAGACACUAGGCAUUGCGCCAGGACAAGCCGCCCAGGUUCGCGGGGCGGGAGACGAGCGAGUUUUGGCAGCAGCACGCGCUCUUUUUGCUCUGCAAGACGAAGGCGUGAUUCGGCAUGUAGGCAUGAGUGGCUACCCACUGGGCGAGCUUCUUCGUCUUUCGCGUCUUAUUGCAUCGCACCCGCCGUAUCGCUGCGUCGAUGUUGUGCUAAGUUACAGCUGCCAUACGAUGCAUGCAGAUUUGUUGCCGGCAUGGCAACCGCUGUUCGAAGCCUCACCAUGGACGGACAACGAGAAACCUCACGAGGCCCAAUGGACGCCACCGAUGCUACUAAAUGCAUCGCCUUUCUCCAUGGGCCUGUUUUCCGACCGUGGUCCCCCUGCUUGGCACCCAGCAUCUGAGGCGCUGCUUCAAGCGACGCGCGCGGCCCAUCGCGACGUGUAUGAAGCUGCUACGAACACAGCCAACCCACACAUCGAUGCGGCACAGGUGCUGGCUCGUACAGCUCUGUUUGCCGGGAUGCAUGGGAGCGACGUUCAGGAUACCCAACCUAUCCCUCGUUUGCGUACCUUGCUAGGUAUGAGCAACGUCGACGAGGUUCAUGCGGCCAUUGAGACGUACCGCAUCUUGCAUGGCGAUACCUCGUCUCCGACAUACAAGCAGCUCCAAUCGUACGGAGCACGUAUUCGUACGCAUAUUGCACAAGCUGGCGCCCAAGAUCAAACUUGGCGAUCCCCUCCUGUAGAUGCCGACUAG